AUGAAGGGCAGAGGUGGUGUGCUGCGGGCGGGUAAAGCCAAUAAAAACAGCAGCAGCAGCAGCAGCAGCGGUAAGGCAGCAGCAGCAGCAGCUGCUGCUGCUGCUGCUGCUGCAGGUAAGAAAAAGAAGGAUCUAUUUGAAUCAAAGAAAGGCAAGAAAAGAAUAGAAGAAGAAGCAGCAGCAGCAACAGAUGAUGAGGAGGAAUCAGGAGGAUCAGCUGGUGAUGAGGAUUUAUUAGGGUCUGCAGAAGAGAGCGAAGAAGAGGAAGGAGGAGAAAAGUUUAAAGUAUUCUCUGGAUCAGAAGGAGAAGAGGAAGAAGGAGAAGAAGGAGAAGAAGAAGAAGAAGAAGAAGAAGAAGAUACACAAAUAAUGAGUUAUUCGUCAGAAGAAGAUGAUGAUGAUGACGAAGAUGAACAUAAACCAACACCUAAAGGUACGAUCCCAAGGGACGAUCCCAAGGGAACGAUCCCAGGGGAGACGAUCCCAGGGGAGACGAUCCCAGGGGAGACGAUCCCAGGAGACGAUCCCAGGGGAGACGAUCCCAGGGGAGACGAUCCCAGGGGAGACCAUCCCAGGGGAGACGAUCCCAAGAGACGAUCCCAGGGGAGACGAUCCCAAGAGACGAUCCCAGGGGAGACGAUCCCAGGGGAGACGAUCCCAGGAGACACUUUUGUGUGUGUUUAUGUUGUGUUUGUUUUGUUUGCUGCAGAUGACGAGGAGUCCUCCGAGUCCGAGGAAGAAGCUGAGGCAUUUGUAUCAGGAGAAGGUGUUCGUCAAUUGCCAUUAGUAGAUCUAAGAGUAGUUAAGGCAAGGAUGGAGGAGACAGUUGGUCUAUUAACUAAACAAAAGAAGAAAGGAGACAAUAAAAAAGGAGACACUGCAGCAGCACCAGACGACAGCAGCAGCAGCAGCAGCAGCAGCAGCAGCAGCAGCAAAAAAAGCAGCAAAAGUAGACAGGAGCUGCUGCAGCUACUACGUGAUGAUAUUGUUCAUUACUAUCAAUACUCACCAGAGUUAGCUGAAUACUUUUUACAGUUAUUUAGUCCUAGCCAAGCCUUGGCAUUCUUUGAAGCAAAUGAACAUCGAAGACCUCUCACCAUCAGAACUAAUACACUCAAAAUACGCAGACGUGAUUUAGCUGCAUUAUUAAUAAGCAGAGGAUGUAAUGUAGAUCCAUUAGGGGAUUGGACAUCUGUAGGACUAAAAGUAUAUGAUAGUAAUGUACCUGUUGGUGCUACACCUGAAUAUCUUACGGGGCUGUAUAUACUACAGGCUGCUUCUUCUCUUAUUCCUGUUAUUGCCUUAGCACCCCAACCAGAUCAUAUCUUAGGGAAAAAAGGUAUUGAAUAG